AUGUGCUAUCUUCAAGAGAACACCAGCAUCCCCGUCCCUGAAAUCUUUGAUUGGGCUUGUGAGUCUGAUCCGGAAAACUCCGUGGGAGCUAGCUACAUCCUGAUGGAGAAGCUUGAUGGGCACCCUUUGAUUUGGCAAGCGACGACUCCGAUACAGAGAGAGAAGAUCAUGCAACAGCUGGUUGAUGUGUUUCUGGACAUAGAAAGGCACCCCUUCGAAACUAUGGGAUCCAUCUUCACCGUCAGACGCCCUGCCGAGUUCGUGGUGCAAGGCAUUGCCCAACACGCAACUUACCGGAUGGGAGCUGGAGGACUGCCUGGCCCUUUUGCUUCUUCCCUAGAAGCGUCAGUCGCCAUCGUCAAGUCGUACCUUUCGAUGAUAGCCAACGGCGAGAUUGGAGCCGACAAUGCGGUGGAUACCUAUCUUGCACAUCGCUUUCGUCUGGAUGUUGCCAGCGGACUCUGGGCGGAUGGUCCGUCAGAAAACCGAUUCUUUCUCAAGCAUCCCGAUGACAAGGGCGACCACAUCCUCGUCAACGAAUCGUAUGAUAUCGUAGGAAUCAUCGACUGGGAGUGGACCCGGACCGCUUCCAAGCCGGAGGCUUUCAGUUCGCCAUGCAUGAUGUGGCCACUGGGGAAGUUUUACGGGGGCUCCAACGAGCUGGCCCCAGACGAAGUGCGGCUGGCGGAAAUAUUUGGGGAAAGGGGCCGCAAAGAUCUCUCCGACUGUGUGAUGCAGGGCAGGAAGGCUCAGAGAUUCUUUUUUGCUCUGGGUCCCGAGAGCCCUUCCUCGGACCGCAAGACGUUUUUGGAUCUAUUCAUGGGGCUUCAAUCAGCCUUCAAUCUUGGGGACGAAGGGUGGGACAAGUGGAGGGACGAGGCCCUCGUCCGAUGGAAAGAUGAUGAACUGCUCCAGGGUUUGGUUCGGCCCCAGGAACGCGAAUAUGUUUGA